CUGGAGUUCUCAGUGCGGGCGACAGCGCUGGUGACUAUGGCGUCAGACGGGAUGAUUUUAACGAACCACGACCACCAAAUCCGGGUCGGCGUCCUGACAGUGAGUGACAGCUGCUUUCAUAACCUCGCUGAAGACCGCAGUGGCAUCAACCUCAAAGAACUUGUGCACGACCCUUCCUUGCUAGGAGGAAGCAUCUCAGCCUAUAAAAUUGUCCCGGAUGAAAUUGAUGAGAUCAAGGAGACCCUGGUGGACUGGUGUGAUGAGAAGGAGCUCAACCUCAUUCUGACCACCGGGGGCACCGGCUUCGCCCCGCGUGACGUCACCCCAGAGGCUACUAAAGAGGUGAUUGAGCGGGAGGCUCCGGGCAUGUCUUUGGCGAUGCUGAUGGGCUCUCUAAACGUCACCCCUCUGGGCAUGCUCUCAAGACCAGUGUGUGGCAUCCGUGGGAAAACGCUCAUUAUCAACCUCCCUGGGAGCAAGAAGGGCUCACAGGAAUGUUUCCAGUUCAUCCUGCCGGCCUUGCCGCAUGCCAUCGACCUGCUGCGCGAGGCCGUCGUCAAGGUGAAGGAAGUAGCCAACGAGCUAGAGGACCUCCCCUCGCCCCCGCCCCCUCUAUCUCCGCCCCCCGGCUCCAGCCCCCACCGGCAGACAGAGGACAAGGGCGUGCAGUGCGAAGAGGAAGAGGAGGAGAAAAAGGACAGCGGAGUGGCGUCAGCCGAGGACAGCUCCUCCUCCCACCUCACCGCGGCCUCCAUCGCUGCCAAGAUUCCAGACUCCAUCAUUUCUCGGGGUGUUCAGGUUCUCCCCCGGGACACUGCCUCCCUCAGCACCACGCCCUCCGAAUCGCCCCGGGCCCAGGCAACCUCCCGCCUCUCUACUGCGUCCUGUCCCACACCCAAAGCGCGACUUCCCUCUUCUUCCUCCACCCUAAGCAUUGCCGAGGCCUCACGGAGAGAGAUCAGGGCCCAUCUGGAUGAGGUCAUCACGCUCAAGUCAAGGUACUCUACCUUGGACCAGCUCCAGUGUAGGUUGGAGGGGCUUAAAGAUGAUCGAAGGAGCCAUAGGACCUUCAGCUCUCGAGUGCAAUCACGAUGCAGUAGCAAAGAAAAUAUCUUACGGGCGAGUCACAGUGCGGUGGACAUCACUAAAGUGGCCCGGAGACACCGCAUGUCCCCGUUCCCUCUUACCUCCAUGGACAAGGCCUUCAUCACUGUGCUGGAGAUGACUCCCGUCCUGGGCACUGAGAUCAUCAACUACAGAGAUGGAAUGGGUCGAGUUUUGGCUCAGGAUGUUUAUGCCAAAGACAACCUGCCUCCCUUUCCUGCCUCUGUUAAGGAUGGCUAUGCUGUUAGAGCGGCCGACGGCCCUGGUGACAGAUUCAUUAUCGGCGAGUCGCAGGCAGGAGAGCAGCCGACCCACACGGUGAUGCCCGGCCAGGUGAUGCGGGUGACGACAGGAGCGCCGAUCCCCUGCGGUGCUGAUGCUGUAGUGCAGGUGGAGGACACAGAGCUCCUUCGCGAGUCCGAGGAUGGCACAGAAGAACUUGAGGUGCGCAUACUGGUGCAAGCACGUCCAGGACAGGACAUCAGGCCCAUUGGUCAUGAUAUAAAGCGUGGAGAAUGUGUUCUGGCCAAAGGCACCCACAUGGGCCCCUCGGAGAUCGGCCUCCUGGCCACGGUCGGAGUCACAGAGGUGGAAGUGCACAAAUUCCCUGUGGUGGCCGUCAUGUCCACAGGCAACGAGCUGCUGAACCCAGAGGACGAUCUUCAUCCCGGGAAGAUCCGCGACUCCAACCGGUCCACGCUGCUCGCCACCAUCCAGGAGCACGGCUACCCCACCAUCAACCUGGGGAUUGUGGGAGACAACCCAGAUGACCUCCUGAACGCCCUGAACGAGGGCAUCAGCCGUGCCGACGUCAUCAUCACCUCAGGGGGCGUGUCCAUGGGGGAGAAGGACUACCUGAAGCAGGUACUUGACAUUGACCUCCAUGCUCAGAUCCACUUUGGGCGGGUCUUUAUGAAACCAGGUCUCCCCACAACAUUUGCUACUUUGGACAUGGAUGGUACACGAAAGCUUAUCUUUGCUCUACCAGGUAGGGAUGGUAAUCCUGUGUCAGCCGUUGUCACGUGUAACCUCUUCGUUAUCCCCGCCUUGAGGAAGAUGCAGGGAAUUUUGGACCCACGGCCCACCAUCAUCAAAGCCAGGUUGUCCUGUGAUGUGAAACUUGACCCGCGCCCUGAGUAUCACCGCUGUAUUUUGACGUGGCACCAUCAGGAGCCCCUCCCAUGGGCCCAGAGCACAGGGAACCAGGUGAACAGCAGGUUAAUGAGCAUGCGCAGUGCCAACGGCCUUCUCAUGCUACCUCCCAAAACAGAGCAAUACGUGGAGCUGCACAAGGGUGAGGUAGUCGAUGUCAUGGUCAUAGGACGGCUAUGAUGUCAUCAGAGAGAGACGAGAGGAAGGGUGUGAGGACCACGGCGCAAGGGAGUGGUUGACGGUGCAUGCCCACAUAUCAUCGACUAUCUCUGUAAUAUGCAAUGCCACAGCUAGUUUUUAUUGAUUUGGAUAACGUUGAAGUAUAGUCAACAUCUUGAUCACAAAACUAGAUACAUAUUUAAAAAAAGAUUCUAGUAUUUCAAACAAAAAGAUAUAACUUUUAAGUAAAAAAAUCUAAUUAUAAAAGAGAUUUAUUCUGUAAUAUAUUAUUAUUACUCUUAUUAUUAAUUAUUAUCAUUAUUCUUCUCAUUAUUAUUAUAUUAAGACAACUUUGUUCUUUUCAUUGCAAUUGCUUUGUGUGUUCAAUGCUAGAUCUUAUCAAUAGCUGUAGCAUUUUAAUAAAAAGCGGUAGGUGCCUGCCAGGAACAAAUAUCUAUGUUAUUUCCUCAUCUUAACACAAAAGAACAGAUGAAUAAAUUGAAUCUCUGUUUUUGAGAGCGGGAGGAAAAGACGAAGUACAAAAUCGUGUGUGGUACUGGACAACGGCACUCUCUGUCUUAAGUGUCAUUCAUGUGACGCUUCUGUUCUUUCUCCCAUUAAUAUGCAUCAUUAUGGCUUCACGAAGAGCUUUGCUUGUUGUUUAUCUUGUGAGUCUUGUUUAUGUACGCAGUGCCAAAAGCAUGGGUGGAUGAAGGCUGUGCCUGGGGGGUGGGGACACGCCAGCCCGCCCUAUCCCUAAAGCUUCCUUAUAAUCACAUGACCUGGUGAAGCUCCUCCCUUGCCCCCAGGGGUGGGGUCACUGGAUAACGUUUUAUUUGAAUAAAUUCAAAACCGAGAGGGAAAGAAAUUAUGAAACAGCUUAUUUAAGUGCUGACAGCCUUUUUAACUUACUACACAAAAAUGUACAGUUAAAAAAUAAGAAUCAUAUUGUACAGAUAUGUGACCAGCACUUCAGAGGAAAAUUCCCAAGCAAUGAGGAGACAUUAUUGAACAACUCUGUACAAUAACAUUUUCUGUAAUGAUAUGAAACUGAUAAGAGAGACUAUGAUAAUAAAAUCCUUGAUCAUUAUAUAAAAAAUA